ACUUAUAGCCUUUUUACCCUUGAAUAUGCAAAUGAAUAUAUCUUUAUUAUAAGAGAUAUUUAAUUCAUAGCUCAACGUAAUUCUGAAUCAGCAGUUAUCUCAAUAUAUUGGGGUAGUAUGAAGAUCAACUGCACAAAAAAUUCAAGGAUCAUAUCUUUCUAAUGUAUUCAUUAAAAAUGUGAAAACAUUAAAUUUCCUCUGGAGAAGAAAUUUGUUCAACUCAACUAGCAUAAUGUUUUCAAGAUACUUCAAUCUGACAGGGGUGUGUCAGCUCUGCAGGAUGAAAUCAGUUAAGAAACCAUUAAAAUUCAUGUUUAAAAGGACGUCAAAAUUCAGUAAUUUUUCUACACUUAAUCAGCAAAUAUACAGUCGGAGGAAAGAUAUAGGAACUUCAGCAUAUAUGCCACUUUGUUCCUUUAGUACAUCAAAUACUGUGUGGAAGCAGAGUGGCCAUCAAAGUGGUCAGGAAGGAGAGGAAGACUUAGAUAGCAGUGAGGCUCAGUCAUUGGAAAUUCCUGAAAUUGAUGAAGUUUUAGAAGAAGACAAAGAGUAUGAAGAGUGUUUACAGGAACAUUUUCACUACGAUGGCGUCCAUCAUUCACUAAUGGUCAUUCAUCCAGCCAUUAGAUGGGGAAGAGAAAAACCACGAUCAACUACACCAGAACUACAGUUGAGUGAGGCCUGCGCUCUGGUUCAUUCUCUGCCAAAAUGGAGAGUAGCUGAUACAAAGAUCAUAAAAGUAAAGAGUCAUCGAGGCUUUAUAUUUAUGAAGGGACAAUUAGAGGAAUUGACAAAGCUAAUCAAAGGUCGCACGGACAUCUCAGCAGUGUUUGUAAAUGUGGACGUCUUAAAAAUCAAUCAAGUGGCAAUGCUGCAGGGUUCGUGGAAACUGCCAGUAUUUGACAGGUAUACUCUUGUUCUCCACAUAUUUAAAGAAUACGCACAAACCAGAGAGGCCAAACUACAGAUUGCUUUAGCAGAGAUUCCUUAUAUCAGGGGUCGUUUGGAACAGAUAAAUGAAGGUCAACAUGACCACCUGACUGGGAAGACACAUUAUGUUGUGUCUGGUGGGUUCAGAUUCACCUAUAUACAGAAAAGACAGGCUCUAGUCUCAGCAAGGGAGAGAAGACUGAAAGGAGAAUUAGAUAAAGUCAAACAACAGAGAGAAAUUCUGAGGAAGAACAGAAUCAAACAGCAAUACCCCACUGUAGCCGUGGUUGGAUAUACAAACUGUGGAAAGACAACUCUGAUAAAAGCCUUGACGGAGGAUGAGUCUCUAACACCAGAGAAUCGAUUGUUUGCAACACUAGAUGUCACUGUUCACCAGGGUUACUUGGCAAAUCUUCAAAAGGUUCUUUUUAUUGACACUGUUGGUUUUAUAUCGGACAUCCCAAAUAGUCUUAUGGAUGCUUUCUCUGCCACCUUAGAAGAUGCGCUAAUAGCCGAUGUUAUUCUCCAUGUCAGAGAUUCUAGUCAUCCAGAUCUUGUGGCACAAAAUGAAAACGUUAUAAACACAUUGAGGAAACUAUUACCUGAGGAGAAGCUACAGAAUAUGUUGGUAGUCAACAAUAAAUGUGACCUUUUAAGUGAGCAUGAAAGCUCAGAAGGCCUGUAUAUAUCAGCAGUGACUGGUACAGGAAUAGAUGUCCUUACAAAGAAGCUGGAGGAGGCAAUCAUUAAAAGUACCGGGAGAAUGAGGAAAACCUUCAGGAUACCUGUGGGAGGGGAACACUUAAGUUGGCUGUAUAAAAAUGCCACAGUGCUUUCAACAAGAGAUGGUGAGGACGGACAUUCUUAUUUAGUGGAGACAAUCAUCAAUACUGCAGCUUAUGAGAAAUUUAAACAUCUUUUUUCUAAAAAUAAAAGGAAAUCUUGAUGCUUAACUAAAUUUUUAUAUUUUGCUUUGCAUUUAUCUUUCAAUGUGCCAAAAUAAUUAUGCAAGUUUUUUUU